AUGUCCGAACCCAAAUACCGCGACUGGAUCCUAGAGACCAUCGAUUCUCUACGGUCUAGAAAAGCCCGACCGGACCUUGAUAGAAUAUGUCGAAUGGUCCGAAGGAGACACGGGUCAGACCCGGAUCGAACCCGAGCAGAACUGGAAAAACUGAUCCAGGAGCAAACAGUGUUGAAAGUUAGCUACAAGGGGUCCAUUUCCUACCGGAACGCCGCCAAAGUGCAAAGGAAAAGCCGCAAAAAGAGUGACCAGCCGACAGACAGCAGCAGCAGCGGCAGUGGCGAGUCGGUGGGAGAACAAACCAAACACGCCAGUUUGAACAACAACGGCGACAGCGCGCACAGUCUCACGGAUCAAGAGGAGUGCGAGGACAAGGACUCUGAACCAACAGGAGCGAGUCAAUGCCCUGAUCACCAGUCUCUCACUUCUCCGGUUCCCACUUCGGAGAAGAGUGAAAAGGUUUUGCCUCUGAUUAGCGGAAACAGUUGUGUUAGUUGUGGCGCAACGGACUGCACCGUCGGGAGCGGCUGUAGCCUGAAAGCAAGUGCAGCGAAAGACAAGAGAUUAAUCCCACAGGCGGGGGGAAACGGCUCCUCGCCCCAACGCGAUAAUGAGACGAACAAGGACGCUGCCGUCGAUGCCUCAAACCAAGCCAAGAAGGCUCAGGCAGUGGAAACGGUGUCGCCUGGCCACGAGGGCAGUGACGAGAAGGAAAAGAAAACUUGCCCGAGCGCUAGUUCUGGCAGCAACAGCCACCUCGUUCGAAACAAACAAACGCCGGUGAAGCCUAAAGUCAAGCUCGGGUCAAAAGGGAUGAGCCCCAGCGAGGCUCAGGACCAAAUCAGCGCAGAUCUGGGCGACAGAUUGGUAGCCUCAGUUCGAAGUCUGACAGAGAGGAACAGGGGCUCCUCCGCAACACGGGGCCACACGGCACUGGGUCUGAAAGAGAUACUCGGUUACCUCAGCACUCAGGGGGGAAUGCCUGAGGAGAAACUGACUCGCAACCGAGUAAAAGUGGUGUUGGAACGCGAGGUAGCAAAGGGUCGUCUUCGCAGGACCCGCCUUGGCCACAUCACCCUCCCCACGAGGGGGAUGGGACUGGCCAAGCCGUCUGCGAGACUCCUGAAGAGCGCACUGCAGGAUACACACCUCGCGAAAAAGGAGGAAGUAAAAGAGGAAGAACCAAUGGAGGCUGAGAGUGUGGGGGAAGAUGAGGAAGAGGAGGAAGAGGAGGAAAAAAUGGAAGAACUGGGCGACGUGACGGGAGAAAACCACGGCACACGGUCCCCGCUUCCUGUCGGUCAGUUUGGACCUAAGAAUCAGAAUGAGACGCCGGUCACGCUGACCCAGCCGCACACGGAGUCUGCUCCCGGGGGUGGCACCGGUGUGCCUAAACCCCAACAGCGUUCAUCAUCUUCAUCAUCGUCAUCAUCACCGUCAUCAACUCUCCCCAGUACUCAGAUGGAAACAAUCACAUGCAGUAACCAAGGUACAGGGCCGCAGGUCAGGGCAGUGUGUCCCUCUGUGCAGACUGUGUUGGUUGUGGGGUCAGAGGUCGUGAGGGUGGGGGAGAAUGCAGUUACUCCCGACCAGCUGCUGUCCAAUCCACAGGAUGAAGUGGUUAUUGUUCCAGAUGGAGGGGACUUGUCAUCCUCCAUUGCCAUAAAGAGUUGCUCAGGGUGUAAGAUGGAGGUGAAUGCGUCUUCCUGUUUAUUAACUCCUACGGCGUCUCCCAGAGACUCAGGGACAGCUGAUGAACGGGGCAUAAAUGGGGGAGUUUUUGUCAAGUCGGAGCGGAGCAGUCUGAACCCAGUUGAAUGGACUGUGGCAGAUGUUGCUAGCUACUUCGCGGCAGCAGGGUUCCCGGAGCAGGCCAUGGCCUUCCGAUCACAGGAAAUAGAUGGGAAGUCCCUCCUCCUGAUGCAGCGAAACGACGUGCUGACAGGCCUGUCAAUCAGACUAGGUCCCGCCUUGAAGAUAUACGAGCGGCAUGUGAAGGUUCUGCAGAGAACUCAUUUCCAAGACGAUGACGGUUUUUGCUGAAUCAAACAGUUGUUAACUCUCUCACA